AUGUCAAGAAUGCUACAGAAAUUCAUCGCCGCCGGAGUUGGAGAAUCGUGGUUGCCGGCGAUUAACCGGGGGUGGGACGAGGUUAAGAACUCAGUCGGAUUGCAAGACGGCAUGUUUUACUCGCUCUGCGCCGCCGUGGCCACGGUUGCGCUGGUUCAGAUUAUAAGAAGCCAAGUAAGAGCGGCGGAGUUAGGGAUGACGACAACGCAGAAACGUUUUCAUAUGAUGAAUUUCUUGGUAAGCGCAUUACGCGCAAUCGUCUUUGGUUUCCACAAUAAGGUGUUUCAUAGUCUCCCCUACAAGGUUUUCACGUCGGUACUUCUAGACCUCCCAGGAUUACUGUUUUUCUCAACCUACACGCUUCUUGUCUUGUUCUGGGCGGAAAUAUAUUAUCAGGCUAGAAAUUUCCCGACCGAUAACCUCCGAUUCUUUUACGCGUCAAUCAACGCCGGAAUAUACAGCGUACAGGCUAGCUUUUGGAUCUUUUUAUGGAUUACUGACGUCAGAAACGGCGUCGUGGAUGUCAUCUGGAAGAUGUUUACUGCUGCGGUUUCUUGCACGGCGGCGCUGGGAUUCUUGCUGUACGGAGGGAGGGUGUAUAUGAUUCUGAGAUGGUACCCUAUUGAAUUUAGGGGGAAGAGAAGGAAGACUCGUGAGAUUGGAAGUGUGACGGUCAUAUGUUUCAGCUGUUUCCUCGUACGGUGCUUUAUGGUUGCGGCGUCUGGUUUUAACUAUAUUGCGACGGUUGACGAUGUGAACCACCCUGUUCUGAGUUUGGUGUAUUACAUGGCGGCGGAGAUUCUUCCUUCGGCUCUUGUUCUGUAUAUUCUGCGCAGACUACCUCCCAGAAGAUUGCCUGCAGAUCAAAUACUACACUAG